AUGGACUCGGACACAGAAAUGCCACAGGCUGAAGAUUUUGACUCGAAAUCGCUGGCAUCCACAUCGUGCAGCGACGAGCAGUCAGAAUACGAAGUAGAGGCCAUUCUUGCCGAGAGGGAAUUCGAUGAUGGUCUAAAAUACUUAGUCCAAUGGUCGGGGUAUCCCUCCCACCGAAAUACAUGGGAGCCCGCCGAGAUGUUUGACUCGAACGAGACUCUUGACGAUUGGGAGUCUAAAAAGCAAGAGAUUGCCCAAAAACGCAGCACGCCCUUCGAUGUGGCAUCUUGGGAAAAGCAUUGUGAGCUAGUUGCCCAGAGAAAAGAAGAACGGAGACGUCGACGCGAGGCGAAAAGAGCAGGCAUGGUCAGGGUGGACGUGGAUCAUGCGGAGAACACCGCGCCAGCCUCAACAACCUCUAUUUCGGCAGGCCGCAAUUCUGGACUAGAAUUGUUGGUCGCCCCGACCUGCUCCCGCAAGGCCCUCCGAAGGCUCCCCCCACAUAAACCUCAAGCCCUUGCACCUCAAACACAACCUUCAGUCGCCAAAAAUCAGACGCAACCUGCAGAGCGAGAGAAGCCCUCAAAACCGCCCGUUACAAAGCCGGCCUCACUUGGCUUCGGUGUUGGCCAAACAUCAAGGCCAGGGAGACGUGACCUCAAAUGGGGAGAGCGAGAGCCAGACAUCAGCCAGCUGGAGCUUAUGAAGCCGUCUGAAUUUACUCCAAGGGUUACCACUGCUAGUGCGACGACGCUUCCCAUAUCUAUGACAGAGAACCCCUCCGCCCCAAAGGACCAAAACAGUACAUCUUCCAUCAAGAACAACGCGUCAACUGCAUCAUCAGUUGCCCAAAAACCAAACAAAAACAGCAAUCCACACACAGGGGCGGGCCAUACCUCCCCGAAGCCAGCCCCAGCUAUGCCUCCGCCGUCUUACAACUCGAAUCGCCGCGAGUCCCCUCGCGGCAGUGCUGACACCUCUCAACCGGAUCAUUCGAAACAACCUGAACAUUUUUUCCGCGGUGACUGCUACAGGUAUGAGUACUCCGAGUGCACCGACACCUUUCGAUGGUCCGUUUCCGGCUCUUAUCGGCCGUUGAGUGAUAGGACAAACCGCAGACAUUCUCCGUCUCCCCCGUGCUCUCUCCCCACUGUUGCUUCACGUAAGAAUUUCUCCUCGACGCCCCAAAGGCCACUCCAACCCGAAGCUAAGAUGGCAACCAGCUCCCAAGCGAGCACAUUGUCGGUCGAAGCUCAAAUCGCACGGAUGCCAUCCAAAAAAUUGCCCGGCGCGAUGGUCACUAGAGGUGGUUACUUCUGGAAUCCCGGGGAAAUUCUGGUGCACUUGUUUUUUGGGCCCAACAAAAAGUACAUAGGGGCUACUCGGCUCUGCGGUAGCAGCACUGGUGCAAAGGCCGAGCUCAUUGGCACUAAGGGCAAAAACCCGAGACUCGAGAUGUGGUUCAAAGAACUCUGCAAUCUUGAAGACUAUGGCAUGCUCUGCGAGAGAGCGCCCAAUAAUCGAUUAUGGUGUAAUUCCUGGUUGGAGGGCUUCCAUGACACGAAUAGCGCCUUAUUCAUCAUGGCGGAACAACUCCACAGACAAAAUGUCAUUGCCAUCCACUACCCGCCCCACAAUGGGAAUGUGUGGCUUGCCUACUCUCGUUGGUCCCAGGAUUUCGGAUUUCUUCAUGAAGAAGCCAAUCACUUGCCAGAUGAAGUUCCGAUUUUCCUUGUCGCGCGCAAUAUGCUGCCGCCUGUGACCUGUCUCGAACCCAGGGGUAUGGUGCAGCAAUCGCAAAGGCCACAGGCAAAUACUAUGUUUCCGCAGAACGCCCUGCCUUCGGGUGUCCAAUUUAGCCCACAUGGCUACAUUGGUUCGAUGAGAAACUCAGGUCUUUUUCCUGGUGACCAGGCACCUCCCAAUUCUUAUAAUUCCAUUUCGACGGGCCAGGCAGUCGGAUAUUCACCCGACCCCAGGCUCAAAGGCCAGAGCUCCACCUCACAGAGUUCAUUUCCCACGCGGGACCAGGGUCUGCAGAGUAACGGAGAACCCGCCCUGCCUCAGCUUUCCAAGUUUGCGGUUUCAAAUACCUCCACCACGGGUAAUUACCAAAGUCCAGCCGUUAAUCAGAGUAUCAUCCCUCGGAGCAUUGACCCCAUCUCAAAUGGAACAACCCUCACUCCAGAAGCAGAAGCUUUGCUACAAUACUUCAAUACCGCCAAGAUAACGAUGAAUGAGCUUGCGACUAUCUAUGACUCUGGAGAGGCGAGCCUUGCGGAGUUUUUUAUCUGCAUUUCCCCUUGGGAGAUCCAGAGGUGGAAAUGGACAGACUGGAAAAAGUUCAUCAGGAACAGCAGACGGGGUGUGGCUGUGUUCCAUGAAUCCUUUUUUGACUACCACAAGUUGCGACCAAUGAUUCGCGAGGAAGUUCCAAAUGACUCGUUGAACGUCUGGAGCAUUCGCCUUCUCAGACCUCUACAGCUGCCAGAUCUCCGAUAUUGCUCUCCCGGGACGCACAUGCAACGCAUAUUCCCGAAAGAUCGCAUCUUCUUAGUAACUGAAGACGUUCUAGCGGACCUCAAAGGCACCGCAAUCCUACUCAGGUGGUUCUACCAAAGUCAACGGCCUGGCCGGCGUCCCUGGAAAAUCAUGUUCUUCCCGGAUAUCAUGGGCUGGCUCGAGAGAAAGCUCAGUAGCGAACCAAGGAACACGUCUGCAGACAAUCUGGUUUUGACCAUCAUCACGUUGAUUAUGAAAAUUAAUUCCAUCGACGGAAACCCUCCAAUCGACCCCAGAACCAUCAACCCGAACAGCCUCGACCGUCUAAAUCAUCACGCUUUCUCCCUUUCACUGCCAGGAUACGGCAAUCGUGCCGAACAGGACGACCCAACCCUACCCAAGGGACUCACCCAGGAGGAGCGAAACGCAGACCACCUCAUCCAGGCAUUUGCUGGAUGGUCGAUCGUCAACGCAGCCCGCUUCGGCCGCUUCAUCGUCAUUACCUCUUUGGCGGAUGAUGUCCUGAAGUCGCGAUGGAGGGAGUUUGGCCAUCUGAACAUCCAGGGCCCAUUAAAAAACGUCUUUGACAAGUUCAAAGUCCCGCAUGCGGCCAUCUGGGACUUGCUCCAACAUGGCCCGUCAAAACAUAAAGGAGAUUCUUCCUCGACUGCCACCGCACCCCAGGCACCUAUUGGGCCUGUCUCUGUCUCUACGCCGCAAACCCCAGUCGAUCCUCCGUCUUCCACACCACAAACUCCGGCGAAUCCCCCUACCGCUAAGGAUGCCGAUGCCAUGCAGCAGAAUCAGUGGAAGGCUCCAGUUAGACACGACCACACUACCUCGUGGCAAUGA